AUGCCGAUCAAAUCACGGUGGUCGGAACCUAUUCCGAACUGCUCUCUGCAGACAUGGAUCUUCGGAUCCUCUUUUGAACCCCUCUCCAACCGCAAGGCUUUCUAUGAUGCAGACUGUCCAGACACCCACUACCUGACCUUCUCUGAUUACCGCCUCGUGGCCAAGCAAAUCGCCAUCGGCCUCCAGGCCGCUGGCCUCAAGCCCGGCGACCGCGUGCUGCUCUUUUCGGGCAACAACCUCUUUUUCCCUGUCAUCUUUCUCGGCGUUCUGAUGGCCGGCGGUAUAUUCACCGGCGCGAACCCGGGCUUCGUUACUCGCGAGCUCGCUCAUCAGCUCAGAGAUAGCGGCGCGAGGUUCAUGGUCGCUGCUGAGGGCAGCCUUGACACCGCUCUGGAAGCCGCGAAGGAAGUCUCCAUACCCGCGAGCAACGUCUUCGUUUUCGAUACCACGAUCCCGAGCUCGAGCAAACCCGAGAAGCCUGUGCAGGGCGGCGCUCGCCACUGGACUGAGCUGGUUGCGCCUAGGGCGCAGGCCGAGAAAUUCCAGUGGGUUGAGCCUUCCGACGCCCGCACGACGACGUGCUGUCUCAACUACAGCUCUGGUACGACGGGCGUGCCCAAGGGCGUUGAGAUCUCCCACUACAGCUAUGUCGCCAACGGCACCGGCGUCGUUAAGGUGUCAGCUCUGGAAGAGGACCACGAGGCCUCCCUCGCUCGCUCCGUCGGCCUCUGCUUCCUGCCCCUCUACCACACCUAUGCGCAGACGUACUUCGUCGCCAACUUCGCCAAACAGGGCAUCCCAGUCUACAUCAUGUCGGGCUUCGACUUCGUUAAGAUGCUUACCUACAUCCAGCGCUACCGUGUUACACAGCUCGUCAGCGUCCCACCCAUCCUCGUCGCUCUGACCAAGCACCCCAUCACCGCAAAGUUUGACCUCAGUAGCCUCGAGAGCGUCGGCUCUGGCGCCGCGCCCCUCGCCGCUGACGUUGCCCGCCAGACAGAGCGCAUCCUCAAGAAGGACGACCUUAUCGUUCGCCAGGGCUGGGGUAUGACUGAAGUCACUUGCACUGCCAUGACCUGGGACCCGACGCGCCUGGAGCGCAGCUCCUCCGUUGGCGAGCUGAUGCCUAACUGCCAGGCGAAGCUCGUUGACGAGGACGGCAGAGAAAUUACCGAGGCCAAGGUGCCCGGUGAGCUGUGGAUCGCGGGUCCGACCGUCAUGCGUGGCUACUGGCGCAAUCCCAAGGCGACGGAAGAGACUAUCGUCACGGACGCUAACGGCAAACGCUGGCUGCGCACAGGAGACGUCGCAUACGUCGAAAAGUAUUCGACGGGCGGUCUCUUCUUCAUCGUCGAUCGCAUGAAAGAGCUUAUCAAGGUCAAGGGCAACCAGGUUGCCCCCGCUGAGCUUGAGGCCCUCCUCCUCGAGCGGCAGGACGUUGCUGACGCCGCCGUCAUCGGCGUCACGAUUAACGGAGAGGAGUUUCCCCGGGCCUACAUUGUCCGGUCGCCUGGAACCAAUGCCACAGGCGAGGAGAUUGCCAAGUGGUUGGAGGAGCGGGUUUCGAAGCACAAGCGCCUCAGGGGCGGUGUUGCGUUUACAGAUGUCAUCCCCAAGAACCCUUCCGGCAAGAUCUUGCGAAAGAUUCUUAGAGAAAAGGCCAAGCAGGAAGUUGGCGAUUCAGUUUCAAAACUGUAG